AUUCUGCAAGGAAUAGCCCAGGAGAAAGAUGACAAAGUAUAUGACAGUGUUACACAAUUGCUGCUCGUUGCAGACAGGAUCUGUAUUUACCUCUGGGAGGGCUAUUCCAAGAUGAUUAGGUAGGCUCUUCGGAAUUCGAUUGAUGAUGGCAGGGAGAAAUUAUUGUGAAAAUCUUUGGGCAGAAGUUAUUGAUCUCUGGGGAGUAUCAUGAGGUGGAUAAGUUCAGGCCGGGUGCUUCACUAAUAGUGAUGAAGAGAAGGAGAUCUUUGGGUGACUGGGAGCUCCUGGGAAGCAACACAGAGGACUACACAGACAAUAGUGAACAGGAGGAAUCCUCAUCCUUGACGUCGUCUUGGUCCCUGACAGGCACCAUGAACUACGUGGGCCAGUUGGCAGGUCAAGUUCUUGUAACCGUCAAAGAGCUGUACAAGGGCAUCAACCAGGCCACAUUGUCAGGCUGUAUUGAUGUUGUGGUUGUCCGCCAGAGGGAUGGCACGUACCAAUGCUCACCAUUCCAUGUGCGUUUCGGCAAGCUGGGUGUCCUGCGAUCCAAAGAGAAAGUGAUUGACAUUGAGGUGAAUGGAGAGGCGGUGGAACUUCAUAUGAAGCUUGGUGACAAUGGAGAGGCCUUUUUUGUCCAGGAAGCCGUGCAGCAGAAUAUUGUCCCUGCCCACUUGGCUACUUCACCAAUUCCCACUGAGAGUCAUCUGUUUUGGAUCACGGAUGUGGAGAACAGAACAUCAAAAGAUCUAGAAGAUGACCCUGCGGAACCAGACGACCCACCCGAUCCUCCUGCGCCCAUCACUACCACAAAAAAGAAGAAGAGACGGAGAAAGAAGCACAAAGGAGACCCCCGUAGAGAGGAACUGACCCCACCAGUGUCAGUCACAACUAGUAAUGCUGUUGCUACCACAUCUGCUGCUCUGUCUGGCACUGGGCAGAAUGAAGAGAUAUUUGAGAUGGACCUGAGCUCUGACGAGGAAGCCGCAGUGCAUGUCUCAAGGUCACCUUCAGUUACCAUCAUGCGUGACAUUGACCCCAAAUUACCUGCAGCGAGGCAUAAUACCAAUGGUUACCCAUUAUCUGAUGGGGAAUGGCAAAGGAAUGAUGGUUAUGGGUUGUCUCAGGCUUUUUCACCGAAGAGUGAUUCAGAACUGGUGGUGAGGCCUUCAGAAAGUUUGCUCAGAGCCGAGUCCCACAUGCAGUGGACCUGGGGAGAAUUCCCAGAAACAACUAGGGUCACCAAGAAAGAGAAACCAGAACCAGUGAAAACCGUCACUAUCACCCCUUCAGAAAGCACCCAUUUCCGUGUCAUCCUCAGCUCAGAGGCCAUGGAGAAUGAAACAGAGACUGAAAACGAAGGUGGCGCCGCCUCAGUGUGUACCGUAGUCAGGCCCAAGCCACGCACCCCUGUCACUACUGGAACACCUAAUAACUCACUAUCAACUGUCAGUACUAUGAGCUCUGUGAGUCCCAUAACCUCCACAGAACCCCUUGAUGUUCUGCCAGCCAAUGUGGCAACCUCCACCCCUUCAAACACCCAACAGAAUGAUUCACCCUCUAAGAAAAAAGGAGUCCCAAAGAGGAGUCAGCAUCAGGGUCCUGAGGAUAUCUACUUAGAUGACCUGAAUGUACUUGAACCUGAUGUGGCUGCACGAUAUUUUCCUAAGAGUGAGUCUGAAGCGGCGACGAAGCAUUGGAUGGACUCGGAGAUCCACUCUGGUUCACAGUCUCCCCAGUCGGUGGGUAGUGCAGCUGCUGACAGCGGGACAGAAUGUCUUUCUGACUCAGCCGGGGACCUCCCUGAUGUCACCCUUUCUCUCUGUGGAGGUCUUACAGAAAAUGCCGAAAUAUCCAAAGAAAGAUUCAUGGAGCAUAUCAUAACAUAUCAGGAAUUUGCUGAAAAUCCUUCAAUUAUAGAUAACCCUAACCUGGUAGUGAAGAUAGGAAAUCGAUACUACAACUGGACACUAGCGGCCCCCUUAAUUCUUAGUCUGCAAGCAUUUCAGAAGAAUUUACCAAAGACUACAGAAGAGGCCUGGGUGAAGGAGAAAAUGCCAAAGAAGUCCGGCCGGUGGUGGUUCUGGCGAAAGAGGGCAGAUAGUACAAUCAAACAGUCGGAGACUAAGCUUGAAACAAAGGAAGAGUCUCAUUCGGUAGAAGAAGGACCCUCUAUAUCUCAGGAGAACCUCCCCUUACCGUCUAAGGCAGGAGAUACAUCCAGUGAUGAAGAGGCUAAGGAAAUGAGUGCUGCAUCCUGUCAGGAGAGACUGCCGCCUGUAGAUGCUCAGCACUAUCCCAGCCCACUCACUUACAGGAAGUCACUGCGCCUUUCCUCUGAUCAGAUAGCCAGUCUGAAUCUGAAGGAUGGGCCAAAUGAUGUGACAUUCAGCAUCACCACCCAAUAUCAGGGCACAUGCCGCUGUGAGGGGACCAUCUACUUGUGGAACUGGGAUGAUAAAGUCGUUAUCUCUGACAUUGAUGGCACCAUCACCAAGUCGGAUGUGUUUGGACAGAUCCUUCCACAGUUGGGAAAAGACUGGACCCACCAAGGCAUUGCCAAACUGUACCAUUCUGUAGCUGAGAAUGGCUACAAGUUCUUGUACUGCUCAGCCCGGGCUAUCGGCAUGGCGGACAUGACGAGAGGUUACCUGCAGUGGGUCAACGACGGCGGCACCAUCCUGCCCCGUGGGCCUCUCAUGCUCUCUCCCAGCAGCCUCUUCUCUGCUUUCCACAGGGAGGUCAUUGAAAAGAAACCGGAGAUCUUCAAGAUUGAAUGCCUUACAGACAUCAAGAACCUGUUCCAGCAUAACAAGCAACCAUUCUACGCUGCCUUUGGGAAUAGAGCUAAUGAUGCUUUUGCCUAUAAGGAGGUUGGUGUUCCACUUUGUAGGAUCUUCACAGUUAAUCCCAAGGGAGAGCUGAUCCAGGAGCAGACCAAGGGCAACAAGUCCUCUUAUGGCAGACUAAGUGAGCUGGUGGAGCACGUGUUCCCCUUGUUGAGUAAAGAGCAGAACGAGGCUUUUGUCAUGCCGGAGUUCAGUUCCUUCUGUUACUGGAGGCAGCCCUUACCAGAGAUCAAUCCUGACGAACUGCUCUGACUGCACACACUCACACCCCAGCUAUACAUCUAGGAUGUACGACUGGACUGUGUACUUGAAUGCAUCUCUUAAACACACGGACUGAACCAACAGCACUUAAACCCUCAUGAAUCUGAAUUUAAAACAGGGUUACAACCAUUAACACAAAUGAUAAACUGUAUUUACAUAGAUAUUAGGAAAGGUUAUAACAAUAAUCUUUUAAAAACGUCAUCUCUGCGACACAGCGGGCUAAUCACUGACUAACACAGGGCCAUAAAGGCAACAGCUGCUCUUUCAUGCAGGUUGUUGUACAGAGAGUGGUUGAAGAUGCAUCUUUUCUUCAUGAAUAAUCUGUAACAACCAGGAUGGUUAUAAUAGUGAUCAGGGAAGCCAUCAUGAUAUAUGGUUAGGCUCUUAACAUUGACGAAUAUUUAUUUUCAACUAAGUGUGAAGAUGCACGCUUAGUUGUAUGACCUGCCGAUAAAAUAAAGCAGCUUCAUGGUAUUAUUGUCUUGCUGUUGUUUUAAGGUGUUUAUUCUGUUUUACGAGCUCCACAAACAAGUGUGAUCUGUUAAGAAUGCUGUUAUUAUUUAUGGUGAUUGAUAUGUUAAGUUAUUGAUUUCUGUUGUGAUGCCUUUGUAUGGACAAGUAAUUUAUCAUCAAUGCAAUGGGGAAAUACUUCCAACUGGUAUUUGUUAUGAUGGGUCACAGAUUAACGUGCACUUAACUGUAUCCGCUAGAUUUUGUAAAAUCUUUAGUUACGUUUUUCACAACAACCGGUUUUCCAUGUAUGAUAGAGAAGCUUUCAACAUGUAAGGCACAUGCACAUUACUGAGUGACCCUCAGUCUGCAUGUUGAGUAUUUAGAUGGUUGUACGUUUUAGAGAUGACGAUUUGAGUUGCAAGAGUGAAAAUGAGUAGAUCUAAAGGAGUUUGAAAUGAAGGAUUUCUGUUUGUAAAGUCCUCUGUUUGAAGACUAUAGCAUGGUGUGUGUGUGUGUGUGCGUGCACAUUUCCAAGCACCGAGUGCUGCUGUUGGGGUCCUGCACCCCCGGCUGACGUUCCCUCAGUGGCUUCACAGAGACUUAUCCCAUGCACUUUGUCUUAGCGGCACCUGAGACGCAGACUCACAACUUGGCACGCCUUGAACGCACAUGUUCUUCACUGACGGUCGAAGUGACACUUGGCCUGAGUAUGCAAUUAUUGCAGAAUGUAAAGUUUUAUUUUAACUGUUAUGACGUGUCAAAUUAAGCUAAAAUAUGUUUAUAUUAGUAAUUAUUGAAAGGGCGCGGCCCAUGCAUGUUUUUCGCAAAAUAAAUGGGUUGAAAAUAGAAUUUGUUUAUUUGGGAUUUUGGAGUCAGUGAAAAGACAUGAAGCUGGUAACCUUAACUUCAGUGUGUACAUGUUUUAGAAAGGGAAGAACAGUCUGAUUGCGUGCCUCUGGUGGCUGAAUUAAGAGAAAUCAGUUCUUGUUUAGGGAUAAACAGGAAAUACUCGCCACUGUCUGCAAAGCUUUUUUGAACAUUUCCUUGGUAACUGUUUGAUUUUGGUAAUAAUUCUUUGACCUGGAUUGCACCUCCCUCAAGUACGUAACGUAACAUUUGCUACGGAGGACUGAAAGAGCAGCAACCAGCAAAAACUGUUUAAAAAAAAAAAAAAAAGCACAAUGUACGAUGACGACUGCAUCUGUUUUUUUUUUAUUUUAUUUUUUGUUAUUUCAGAUAAAUUCAUGCAUUCGCUCUGUAGCUCCCGUAUUUUGUCAAUUAUAAUGUGUUUAAUUUGAUUUCUUAGCUUGUUUUCCAAAUGUUCGAAGUCAGAUAGUUAUCUUGUAAUACACAAAAGAAAUUCCAUUCUUUCUAUGAAAGUAAAGCAUCUUGUGUGAAAAAAUCACACUUCAUCCUCGAUGAUCCUGAAAUAUGUGGUAUAUAUAUUUGCUCUCACUAUACUGCUGUGGAAAAAAGGUCCAAUAUAUUUGCCGAUCAUCACAUUAUUCUGUCUUGAUGCCUUUCUGUUUGUUUCUUAUAAAUGUGUAUGAUCUUUUUGUGGGAAUAUGUUUUGUUCAAAUGUAAUGCUUGCUAUUCGAUUGUGUCUGACCACAGAAAUACUUUAAAAAUAUGCUGUGUUUGAUUUGUAUAUUGACGUGGUUUGAAGUACAUUUAAAGAACAAAUCCAUUGUAAGAAGAAAAUGGAAAGAAAGAAAAAUGUGGCUUGUGGUCUUAUUUGUAAUACAUUUCUAACUGAAUACAUUUGUCUGUGCUGCGUUUUUCUUAAGUCAAAGUCAAAAAGUGCAACAAUAACCACAGGCUAUUCGGGGUAACUUUGGCCCUGGUUUUAUUUUCAAACAAACAAUACAUUAAUGAGGUUAUUGCAGUGCAAUUCCCUCCGGUCUUUCCAAAUUUGACUUGGUUUCACAGAAUAUAACAAACAUCAGAUAUUUAUAAAAAACAGUAGUUCUCAGGGCACCCUUGUAUUUUACUUUGAAUUAAAAUUUCCCUUUUUCUUUUUUUAAAGGUUAAUAGAGGCUGAACUGAAGGCUGUAUAGUUCUAACAGUUUGCAAUUUAGAAAAUGUAUCAGUCCCAGGAGUAAAGAGGGGAAAUAUACCCACUUUACAUAAU